GAAAAUAAAGACCCGUCGGCUCACUCACCUCUCCUGCAAUUUUACCUUUUCUGCCUUUUUUUUUUUAUUUUUCCUUUCUUGUUGCAACAGAGUGCGAGAGGCAGCGUCAGUGGCUCCACUUUGAGGCUUGUCAAGGCUCAGCGCACGCACACAAACACACUCAUCACCCAGAGCAAAAACAUUUGCUCUCACCUGUCUCCAAACCCAAAGCAAACCUCCCUUCCAAGCAAACUGCCAACACUUGGAAUGAGAAGGCACCCGAGCCAGAAUCUAACGUAAGGGGAAGAAAUUCAGUGUACACUGGCAACUUUUCUCUAAAAAGCAAGUGGUCAAAAGGAAUGAGAGGAGCAUUUUAAGAAGAACUUAAGGAAGAAGAUUUCUUUUUUUGGAUUUCACACCAAACUUUGGAAAAGUUUUUUUUUUUUUCUCUCUCUUUUAUUAUUCUGAGCACCUUCUUCUAAGAACAGAGACACUGUUACCUGCAUGUAAAAGCUUUUAUAGAUAUAUAUUUUUUUCCGAAGGGAAGAAAACCAAGAGGAAGAAUAGUAUGUGGACCACCUAGCCAAAGGCACCACUGAAGCAUCCCUUGCGGCAAGGGGGACCCAGACUCUGGAUGUGUUUAAUUCCGAGGGACUGCAUUUUUUCCCCACCGGGCUUAUGAGAUAGCGCAGAGGCAGCCGAGUCACCGAGAAUUACUUCUGUCUCCCCUCACCACCGCCACCUCCACGUCCUCUACAAGGGCUCCUGCGACUCUCCCACCUCCUCCCGGCUGGCAGGGCCAUGGGAACGCGCAGCGCCCUCGAUGCCUGAGGCCGGGCGGCCGCGGGGCUGUCUGCGGGAAGCGCUUCCCUGCCGGGGCUCGCCGUCCAUGUGCCCGCCGCCGGCGGGGCCUGGAGUCGGGAUGAAUUUCGGCGUGGUCUUCGCGUUCAUGCUCUCGCUGCCCCUGGCCCGCAUGGAGGGGGACCCCAUACCCGAAGACAUUUAUGAGAUUUUGGGUGGCAGCUCGGUGCGCUCCAUCAGCGACCUGCAGCGUGCCCUGCGGAUAGACUCCGUAGAGCGGGAUAGCUCGAGCCUGAAUACAACUCAGCCCGAUCAAGACCCUGUGGCCCUGUCUCGAGAGCGACGAAGCCUAGACGCCCUGGCAGCCGCAGAGACCGCGGUCCUGGCGGAGUGCAAGACGCGGGAGGUGGUGUUCGAGAUCUCCCGCAGCAUGGUGGACAGCACCAACGCCAACUUCGUGGUGUGGCCGCCCUGCGUGGAGGUGCAGCGCUGCUCCGGCUGCUGCAACAACCGCAACGUGCAGUGCCGCCCCACGCAGAUCCGCGUGCGGCACGUCCAGGUGAACAAGAUCGAAUUUGUGCAGAGGAAGCCAAAAUUCACAAAAGUCGUUGUGCCUUUGGAGGACCACGUGCAGUGUCGGUGUGAGGCCGUGCUCCGACCGCCCCCCAGGAACGUCCGUCCAGGGCCGCGUGAACAGAGACGCUUGUCACCCGCCUUCACCACAGCCGCUGUCUCACAGAGGCGGCGAGUGCGCCGGCCGCCGGCACAGAAGAGGAAACAUAAGAAGUACAAGCAUGUCAACGAUAAGAAAGUGCUGAAAGAAAUCCUCAUAGCAUAGAAGUGCUGGCAGGGGAGAGAGAGCACAAGGCAGGUUUAUUUAAUAUAUUUGCUGUAUUGCCCCCAUGGGGUCCUUGGAAUGAUAACUUUUCCUCUUUGUCCAUCUGCCUCGACGUCUGAUUCAGACGGCAAUUGGUGCUUCCCUUCCCAUCAGUGGACCUUCUCCCACCAAAGCCUCCCUUUCAUUUAUUAGCAUAAUUUUAAAUUUUACACACACACACACACGAAAGGACAAGGCUGACCUACAUAUACAUACCUAUGUGAGAACAGAACAAAGUACAAAGGAAACCAUGAAUGCCAACAGCCACAACUUGCGAUGAGAACAGGACAAUUCCUUCCCUGCUACGGAGGACGGGAUGGAAAAUGUGAAAAGGAAAGCGGGUCCAAUUUCUUCUGAGAGAAGAAGAAAAACAGAUGGACAGAGGCCAGAAGGGGAACGUUCUCCCUUUCCCUCAUGCUUCUGGUAAGGCUGGGGGGGCCCAGCUGAGAUCUACUCUUGAGUUGGACCUUUUGGAAACAGGCAGAUCUCCCAUUGCGAGCGGCGACCAAUGAUGGAAAAUGCACUAAGGACUUUUCUCGCCCUACCUGGACAGAUAUAUAUCUAUUUUUAACGUGCGUGUGUAUAUUUUAUUUUUAAAAAAAGAGAAACCAAAACCACUAAGGUGUACAACAUCUCGGGGAACAGAGCAAACAAGCAAAGAAACAGAACAAAGAAGCCAAAUGCAUUCCCCCACUCCCUCUUUCCCCUGCUCCUGGUGCUGACUGGAAGGUGUUUGGAUCGUGGGGAAGGAGCACACGGCGGCAGAAUCGUCUCCACGCCCCCGGCCCCUGCCAAGGGGAGCCAUCUUUGCACAUGCUGGUGGAGAAUUCAACUUUCCAGGCUCGGACUCAAAUUAUUUUUUAAAUUCACUCUGGAUGUGUGCGUGUGUACAUGUGUGUGUGUGUGUAUAUAUAUAUAUAUAUACGUGUGCAUGUGUGUGCGUGUGUAUGUGUAUUUAUACAUACAUAUAUAAAAAUAUAUAUAUAUAUAUGUUCUUAAAUGGAUUUCAUUCCCCAGGGGCAGGGAGCUCAGAGGCACGUGCAUGCAGCAGCUUCACUGGGCUGGCAGAAAAAGAAAAGCACACUGUUACUGCAACGUGCCUGAGAGGCCAGGGAUGGGGCAGGCAGAGGCAUCACCUGAGCUCUCCCUUUCUUGUUACCUUUUUCUCUCACUCUGCACCAAACCCCCCACCCAGCACAACUUCCUUGCAGGAGGUGAAGUGGCACCACAGCAAGACCAAGGACAGCCAAACUUAGAAGCAUGACUUAAUCUCAGUGAGCUGUCCUUGCCUGCUCUGUGGUCUUGAAAGCAGAAUCAUGUCAUUCCCACGAGGUUUUUAACCCCUUCCUGGAUGUCCUGCAUACUAUGCCUACACUAAUCUUUCCCAGCCAAUGUUCCCACAUCUCCCAUUCAUUUUCCUCAGAUCUUCCCUCUCAAAUUCCUUCUUGAUCUUUACCUAUUAAAUGUUCCAAACCCACUUAGCUCAGAAGUUGAUCCACGAUGUGGACAGCUGUGUGUAGGUAUAGAGAAAGAAGUGAGGAUGGUCUUCACAGCUGGCAGCAGCUGUCUGAGACAGAAAUGAGCUCUUCUAAGUGAGGAGGACUCAGAGAACAGCUGGAGAGUCAGUUCCAGGGUCCCUCCUGUCUCCAAGGAGGGAGGAGAACUGUGUGGGCAAGGGCUGGUUUUGCACAGGUAAUAGUCAGUAACCAUUAGCAGAAUUGUUACAUAUGGUGGGAAUUCCCAGCACCACCUAGGAGUCAGGGUCUUGGAUUGUGCUGUGCUGGGUGCUGCAUACAUGAAGAAAAAGCCUGCCCAGAGCAAUCUCAUGGCACUUCUCCCCUCACACAAACACACCCCUGUUUUGGGGAAAUCUCUGGAGGGAGGUGGGGAAAGCAGCCAAAGCCACAGCCUGGGAGCUGUCACAAAUUUUGGAGGGACCCAGUCCUCACCUCCUGCAAGCCCAAAGCACUUCUUGUACCACUGCCAAGGCAGCACGUUGCUCCCUCCCUCCAGCCCAAGCCCUCAAGUCUUAAGACUCUUUCUUACCCUGUUCCAAAAUGUUUCUUUUGGUUUGUAAAUAUGGUGAGGUUUUGUUUUAUUUUAUUAUAAUUUUUUGCCUUUUUUUUUUUAAUGUAAGAUUAAUUUAUACUCAGUACUGUAUUUAAAGUUGUAAAAAAAAAAAAAAAAAAAAAAAAGAGAAAAGGAAAUUACCUCUUGAA